CACAGUCGCACGAAUCGAUACACGAUACAUUAUUGCACGCUGCAUUCUCAAAUUCUCUGAAGAAAUAAUGUCCAUGGGUGCUGGAGAAAUAAUGUAUCGUCAGUACAUAGGAGAAUCCGAUUUGCCUCAUAUCAUGGCCCUCGUCCAGAGUGAGCUAAGUGAGCCCUAUGUAAUAUACACAUUCCGUUACUUCCUCCAUCAAUGGCCGCAUCUCUCGUUUCUGGCUUAUCCCGCCGAUGCAUCCUCCUCCGAGCCCAUAGGUGUUAUUGUAUGUAAGCAAAGCUUGCAUCGGGGCAACUGCAACAGGGGCUAUAUUGCCAUGUUGAGCGUCGACAAGAAGUGGAGAAAGAGAGGAAUAGCCAGCUCGCUCGUUCGAAACUCGAUUGAAGCAAUGAAGUUGGACGGGGUCUCAGAGAUCUACCUCGAAACCGAAUACGACAACCAUGCCGCGCUCUCACUGUACGAAUCCCUGGGCUUCAUUCGCGAGAAGCGGUUAUAUCGAUUCUAUCUCAAUGGCAAAGAUGCGUUCCGACUCGUACACGUUGUGCCGCCUUCCUCAAGCUCCUCUGACUCGGACGAUAGCAGUAGCAUCGCUGCAGGAUCGGAUUCGGCAUCUUCGAACUCGUUGGUGGUGAAGCAGCCGAUGGGCAUGAGGAGGCAGUCGCCGUAUCGGUUCCACCCUGUGAUUCCAUAUUCGGAUGAUGAGGACGAUGAGGUGUCGGGGAGGUGAAGGGGCUGUG